CACCAAUUAGUAAUUAAUUAACGAUAGUCGCUUUGAGUACAAGAAGUAACUUUUACAUCAGUUAGGAUAGGCCUGCUGCGUUUUUUUAUUUGUAUGAGGCGCGUGACCGAGAGGACGCGCGUGCAGCGACCUGACAACUAGGCUACAAUUAGAGAUUUGUAAGGUUGUAACAGUAGUGUGUCCCUGCAGCAGCCAAGUUGCAUACAGAUUAGAUACAGCCGAGGCUCGGACUACUGCACAUCACACCGGAGAGUCUCCUCGCGUUCAGGAACAAGGAUGAACAGGAGAAACUGAGGUGCAGCAUCUCAAGUGUGGUGGCUCUGGUGUGAUAAAUGUCAGCCUGUCCUGCUAUUUGUAUGGGUCUGUCUCCUCAACCAAAGAUCUCCCCUGGUGAACUGAACAAACGAGUCGACUCUAACAGAGCUACGCCUGUCCUCAGUCUACUUGUGGUCUGACGGCACUCACCGACAUCAAAGCUCUACCUUCUUCUUGCUGUCUCACCCUUCUGCUUCUGUUAGAGUGGGGGAUGUCUGUUUUCUAACACCUCUCAGCCUGCUUAUCUACUAGAUCUGUACAACUGCCACCAACACUGGACAUGGAGGACUAUGAUGUUCGCUCAGCUGCCAGCAUCCUGGCCUCAGUGAAAGAGCAGGAGGCGCGUUUCGAGCAGCUGACCCGAGCCCUCGAGGAGGAGCGUCGCAACGUCACCCUGCAGCUAGAGCGUGCCAACCUGCCACCCAACCCCCCUACCAGCCAACCGCUAGCAUGGCAGCAGGUGGUGAUGCAGGAGCAGAGCCCCAGCAACGCCACAUCCCUGGCUAUGAUGCAGGAGCCGCAGGAGGUGGUGGAGGAGACGGUCACCAUAGAGGAGGACCCCGGCACCCCCACCUCCCACGUCUCAGUGGUCACCUCGGAUGACGGCACCACACGGCGCACAGAAACCAAGGAUAUCUCUUCUAACGUGAAGGUGACUAAGAUGGUGAAGACUGUGACCACACGGACGGUGCGUCAGGUGCCGCUAGGCCCCGAUGGUUUGCCCCUGCCAGAAGGCUCAUCCCCACUAGGCAGCUACACCGACUCCAUUGACCGGCGCUACCUGAAGAAUGGAGGCGACCGCUUUAUCACGCCUCAAGCAACCUCUACCCUGACACGCUCCUACAACAACUCCUACAACGAUUCAUAUGGUGAGACGCCCGAGAGCCAGUACGUUCGCCACUAUGGCCUACACGAUGGCUAUGCUGAUUUGACAGACAACUACGGCAGCCUGUCACGUGGCAUCAACUUCCGGCCGCCACGCUACCCCUACCUGCCCAACAGCUACCGGCCAGAGAACAGCUACACGCUGCCUAUUCGCAAGGAUGACUACGGCCAUGUGGCCCAGCCCCAGGUGCCUAUGGGUAGCAGCACUGUGGAUCUGAACCGCUCACAGCCUGAGCGCUUCCAGCCCGAGCCAUAUGGCCUGGAGGAUGAUCGCCGCAGCUUGGGUCCCGAAGAGGAGGAGCCAUACGAGCUGGAGCCCGACUACUCCACUGCCAAUCGCCGCACCCUGCAGGGGGCCAAUAGGGGUCGCACCCACCGGGAACCUCUUCGUGAUGUUCCCCGAAUCAGAGGGUACCCAGAUGAAGCCAUUGAGGCAGAGCUGAUCGAUGAGCGCCACCCCUAUAUCCAUGGCAUGUAUUCAGCGCCACUGGCCCAGCCGGAGAGGGGGAGCAUGGCCAGUCUGGAUCGCAUGGGUGGCCGGCGCUCACCAUCCAUUGACAGCAUCCGCAAGGACCCACGCUGGCGUGACCCAGACCUCCCCGAGGUCAUCGCCAUGCUGGGCCACCCCAUUGACCCAGUCAAGUCCAACGCAGCUGCCUACCUGCAGCACCUGUGCUAUGAAAACGACAAGAUCAAGAAGGAUGUGCGUCAGCUGAAGGGGAUUCCUGUUCUGGUGGGGCUUCUGGACCAUCCCAAAUCUGAAGUCCACCGCAAGGCUUGUGGUGCCCUGCGUAACAUCUCCUACGGCAAGGACAAUGACAACAAGGUGGCCAUCAAGAACUGCGAUGGUAUCCCAGCUCUUGUCCGCCUGCUGAGGAAGACAAAUGACAUGGAAGUUCGAGAACUCAUCACCGGAACCCUGUGGAAUCUGUCGUCCUAUGAACCCCUGAAGAUGGUGAUCAUCAACCACGGCCUGCAGACCCUGACCAACGAGGUCAUUAUUCCCCACUCGGGUUGGGAGCACGAGCCAAAUGAGGACUCAAAGCCCCGCGACGCUGAGUGGACCACCGUCUUCAAGAACACCUCGGGCUGCCUCAGAAAUGUGAGCUCAGACGGGGCAGAGGCUCGACGCAGACUGAGGGAAUGCGAAGGAUUGGUGGACGCCCUGCUGCAUGCCCUCCAAUCAGCUGUAGGGAAGAAAGACAUGGACAACAAGUCUGUGGAGAACUGUGUUUGUAUUAUGAGGAACCUGUCCUACCACGUCCACAAAGAGGUGCCAGGGGCCGAAAAGUUCCAGGACCCCUCAGCGCUACAGGCCCCUGGUUCAGCGGGACCACAAAGGAAGAAAAAGGAUGAUGCUGGCUGCUUUGGAGGCAAGAAGGCCAAAGAGGAAUGGUUUAAUCAAGGCAGGAAAAACGGUGAGAACGACAAAAACUACGACACACUGGAUCUGCCCAAGCGCUCAGAGCCGUCAAAAGGCUUCGAGCUGCUGUAUCAGCCGGAAGUGGUGAGGCUCUACCUAUCUCUGCUGACGGAGAGCCAGAACUACAACACCCUGGAGGCUGCUGCUGGGGCUCUGCAAAAUCUCAGCGCUGGACAGUGGACCUGGUCCAACUACAUCCGAGCCACGGUGCGUAAGGAGAAAGGUCUUCCCAUCCUGGUGGAGCUGCUGCGCUCCGACUCCGACAAGGUGGUCCGAGCUGUGGCCAUCGCCCUGCGCAAUCUGUCCAUCGACCGCCGCAACAAGGACCUGAUCGGAAGUUAUGCCAUGCGGGACUUGGUGAGCAACCUACCUAGCGGUCAGCAGCGGCCAGCCAAAAACCUGGAGGAGGACACUGUUGUCGCCAUCCUCAACACCAUCCAUGAAAUUGUCACUGACAGCUCUGAAAAUGCCCGCUCCCUCGUCCAGGCCCAGGCCAUUGAGAAACUGGUCGCCAUCAACAGGACCAGCCAAUCAGCUCGCGAAACCAAGGCGGCAUCCCACGUGCUGCAGACGGUCUGGAGUUAUAAGGAGCUGAGGAACGCUUUGACCAAGGACGGCUGGAACAAAAGCCACUUCCAGCCCACGGUGACAGCCACCCCUAAAGCGACAAAGAACGGCAAGCCAGGCUAUGACGACACCACCCUACCCCUGAUGGAGAAGAACCAAGAUGGUUACUCCACCAUUGACCAGAGGGACAAGGACUGCAAAUACAAGACAGUCGACAGCUCAGUGGACCUGACAGAACGGGAGCCAUUAAAGAAUGACACAAAUAGGAAACACUAUAUCAGGAGUAACAGGCCUGCGGUCAGUCUGGUGGACGCUUGUGAUGUUAAGCCCCAGCCUGUUGACUCCUGGGUCUAAAUGCAUGCAUGGCUUAAAAUAACGACAGUGCAACAACACUCAAGCUAGAAGAGGAUCUCUCAUAUCAUCACUGCCAUUUCACAUGGGGCUCAUCUUCGGCGUUGGACUUUGUACAGAAAAGAGGAUUUUAAAAAAAAUAAUGAUCACAACAGCAACUACCCAGCAGCAGCCAGCAUCCUCACGCUUUUCAGAAAAAAAACGAAAAAAAGAAUAAAAAGUGACUACUCCUACUACUUUCUCAUAUCUACAUUCCCACUGGACAUCAUGUGAAUUUUACAGUGUUGACUCUUGUUGAGCUCUACCGGUGACAAGAAGCAGACAGAGGCCGGUGCUGAUGAAGGACUGGACGUAUGAAGGGCAGACAAAGUGAGGUGAAGGAAGUAAAUGGUGAAGGAACGUGUUGGAAGGAGACCUGUGGGACAAGAAAUACAAAAUGAUCUCUCUUUUUUUUCAUUUGAGUUUUCACAUCUGGAAGAAGUUAACCCCCAAAGUUUGUGGGUUUUGGAGAAUUUUCACUUUCAGUUUGUUGUCAAGCACUGGUAUUUUGAUGUGAACAGGUAUGGACUGGUGUGUUCGAAGGUCACGGGAUGUUUGUAUUCAGAUUGGUGGGAUGGACACGAGAAAGGCAAAGGAAAGAAACCGAGCCUGAGAAGAGCUGUAGCAUAGUGGAUAAACAUGUACACACAGCAGUCUGCUCUCAUAGACUUACAAUCCAUUUGGUUCACUGUGUUUAUUUAAAAAAAAAAAAAAAAAAAGUGCACUGAGACGCUUUGAAAUCAAAAGUGGUUAGCAAGUGAUGGAUGUCCAUUUAUUAAGUGAGGAGUUUGCAAGUUGUGGUCUGGAGAAAGGAAAGUGGCAUAUUGUGUUCAUCAGAUGGAGUUUCUGUUCACACUGCACCGCAAAAGUAAGCUGAAAUGGAAACAAACGGUUUCUGUUUCAUCGUGGUCAACAUGUUGACCCUCUUUCAUGGAGCUGUGGUUACUUGCGUAACCAUUCAGGUUGUGUAGCGACGCAGUUUGGUGAGUUUCCUGGCUGGUUGCUCUUUGUCAAUGAUGUGUAUUAAAGAGGAUAUAAGGCAUUUUGUUUAUAAAUGAUUUGUGUUUUUUGAAAAAGAGAGGCAAACGAUUGUUCGCUUGUUGAAAGGAUAGAUCUAAAAGCAUUUUUUAUUUUUGUUGGGUUUUAUAUAAAUGUAUAUUAGGGUCAAAAGGAAAAAAAUGGAAAAAUGAAGGAAAGAAAAAAAAAACAACAAAAAUUACCGACUUCUUAGUUGUAUAUUAAUAUCACAUUGUUUGGAAAGCACAUCUCAUUUGAUAAAGGCUCACCAUGUUUGUAAACAAGAAAUAACCACGUAACUUAAAUGUGUGUCAGAUAUUGUCGAGUUACGCCGACGAUCACCUAUUUAUAUUUUGUAUUUGUCAAAAAGUUACAGAAAAAAAAGUUUAUCUGCAGUGUUCUUUCUAAAGGCGAUGAAUUACGCGUUGUCUGGCAGCCGAUGCAUCUUUGAACCAGACACUCUGGAGGGGUCAGAGGUCAGACAGAAGUAACGGGAUAGACAGGAGACGGCAGUGUUAAUAAAAGUUCUUAGUUUUUCCUCCUAAUACAUUCAGACCAAGCUAUCGCCAACCCUCUUUCACCGGUGCAUCUUAAAGAGAAAUAAUUCAGUCGUGAGCAUGAAGAAAAACUGUACAGAUGUUUAUAUUCUAUUCUUUCCAAGUGCCAGUUUUUUUGUGGUGUCAUUUGGAUAUUAACUAAUUCAUUCACGUGCAAGAGAAGAAUGCAGGUGGACGAAAGGAUCUGGAUGUUCAAGGGGAAAUGAAAGAGAUGCAUCACACUGUAUAAAACCAAACAUCAAGUUCGGUCAUAUAGUAUAUAUUUUUACAACGUUUUAGGGCGGGCAGUUGAGAUGAAGAAAAGCAGAGAGAUACAAAAUCAAAUUGCCAUUUUUCUCUUGCUUGGUGAGACUGCACACUAAAUCCAGCGGUAAUGCGUAGGGUCUCCUCUACAGCCUCAGUCUGUCAGUGAGACAGAGAGAGAAUCCAAUCCGAUGUUGGUAUCACUCAUGCGUCAUCAAGGCGAAUGGCAUGUGCCUGCAUUGAUUUUUCUUUGUGACGUAUGUGACUUUAUAAAGCUUGCAUAUUUUACACAGUGUUUACAAAGAUGUAUGUUGUGGUAAAAAUCAAUAAACUACAAAAAAAUCUUACUGUAUAAAUUUUAAUUUCAGAGGAUAAAAAAAAAAAUAACGAUACCCAGCAUCCCUUUUGUGUGUCCUCAGAAGUGUGUGCUUUCAUUGGACAAUACUGAACCCUUGCAACAAUGACCCAUAUGACUGUCUAUUCCUGACUGCACUUCGCAGUACCACAACCAAAGGAUCUGGUGUUGUAUUUACAUGCAUUCAAAAAAAAAGGGGGUUUUGGUUUUGUGGAUGUGCAGCGCAUUGUACAUUUACAAAAUAAAGAGCCAAGCAACUGUGCUGUAAAAUACAUGCAGGACACGGACACACAUCGAAUCAAACGAACCUACCUGUGUAGAUAUAACUGAAUCAAGACCGUCAAAAUAAAGUAACUGUACUACUCAGUAGCAGAUGUGUUUGUACCUAUCAUGUGCCUUAACCUUUUCCAUGGUAGAUAAAGAUAAGUGUGUUUUAUAUAACUUUAUUCCUCCCUCUCAACUGUCAUCUCUCCAUUCUGUCUGUUCACCUCUCCCCCUUUUCCUCCCUGUGUCACCCUCCCUCCCUUUUUUCCUCCACUCAACUCAACUCAUCCAUUCAUCCUGCACCCCCAGCCCACCCCAACAUCCCCCCCAGCCCCAC